GAGAAAAGGAAAAGUGAUAGAUGACAACGCGCCUAUAUAUAUCUCACAGUCAUGAAGAAUUAGCUUCACAAUUGAAAAAAGGUUCUCUCUUUCGAAACAUGAUUCGUCCCCAUGUGGAGUUGCGCGACAUAGAACUAACUGAGAGACGUUCACGAAGUAACCCAACCUCAAUCAUAAUCAUCGUCGAGACAAUAUCUGAUGAGAUUCAAGUUUCUCCAAGCGUUCGCAUAGAUAUCAGUCUCCCUCGUUACUUAAGUCAUGGCUCCAUCCGAAAGCUCAUCCAAGAUCAACUCAUCAACCGCCAUUGGUUAGCUCCAAAGAUCUCAAGGGCUGCAACCAAGUUAGGGUUUAGCCGCAGCGAGAUUCUCCAAGAUUCUUUCGUUAGCCACCGUUGGUUAGCUGAUUACCUAGCUUCAGAGAUCUCAUGGGCUGGAGUACGUUUUGGUCGUAACGGUUUAAUCUUGAGCUUCACGGCCAAGGUAACCCCUUCUCCAUCGAAGGAAGAGGUGUUAAAGAGGAUGGCUCAACAAGGGAAGAUGAGCAAAGAAGACUUGAAGAGUUCAAAGAUGGAAACAGAACCGUGUUCCAUCUGUCUCGACAAUCUCGGAGUCUCCCGUGGUUCGAAUUCGAAACAUGGUGUACCUACACGCAUGACGUGUUCUCAUGUCUUCCACGAUGGUUGUCUGUUGGUGUGGCUUCAGCGCAGAAACACUUGCCCCCUGUGUCGGACUGUGCUGUACGAUAGAUCGAUGAUUGGGAAGAAAGGGGGUUGAAAUUAGGGUAGUCUCAAAACUUGGGUCACACGGUUUUUAUAUAUUGUUAAAGAUGUACUUUUUGUGUUUUUAUUUUAGGGUUUUGAAUCAGUUC